AUGGCGGAAAUACCACGUGAAGUGCUACGUUGGUUACUAACAUUAGAUAUUAAUCUGGAACACAGAAACCUAAAAUGGUGUGUUUCCAAUGGUAUUCUAGUGGCUGAAAUUUUGCACAAUUACCAACCGAAAGCGGUGAAUCUUGGGAAAUUUAUUGAUGGACAGAGUAUAAAAGUCAAGCUACAUAACUGGAACAUGAUUCAAGAGAUACUACAACGUUUAUGCAUCUAUUUACCACCAGAUAUUAUUGAAUGUGCCGCCCAUAACAAAAGAAAUGCAGGAAUUAUUCUUUUGACCACUCUUCACGAAAUAUUUUCAAAGAAGAAAGUGAAGGAAGGCGUAGCAAACUUCGACCCCACAGAUCUAGAAUAUCAAUUUUCCUUACCAAUCUAUGCUAGAUCAUGUCUAGCGAAGUUCAUUAAAGAUAACCUAACUUCUUCAGAAAUGGAGACUACACCAGAUCUAUUUACUAAUCAAAAAAAGGUUCAACUGUUAGCUCUGGCCUACAAGAAUAUGAAAAUUACUGAGAGAAUGGAAGAACCAUGGAGAUUUAAAGUAUCACGGUCAUUAGCGUCACAAUGCCAGCGUUCUGAUUCGUCAAAAUCAAACAAGAAGCCAUGUGCUGAAGGUGCAGGCACUAUGAUAUGCAGUGAGACAAUUGAUGAAACACUACUUAACGAUGACGUACUAACAAUCCAGCCAAAGCAACAAACUUUAUGAGUAAAUCUGAAGUGACAAACCAGUAAAUCAUAUUGUUAUGGUUAUUUGUCAUAAACCUCACUGACUUUUAUUUCUAAUAACGUCAUAAAUAUUUCUUAG